AUGUCUGUCACAGGUGAUUCUUCGUCGUCAACUAACGCAAGCAACAGUCCGAAGUCUACAUACUCAAUACGGUCAGAUGAUAAAGCAAGUCUCGUAGGCACCAGAAAUGAUGAAACGCGUUCAGACGAUCCACAACAAGACAAUAAUAGGCGUGAUAUUGUGGUCAUAACAAGGGUAGCCUCUGAUGAAACUCUAGAAUCGCAAUCAUCUACUUCAUCGAUGGGAAUUAGACCAGACCCGUCUUUUAGCUCAGAAGAUAUUCCUCCCCAGGCCAGAGCUGAACUGAAUAACCGAGUGCGUGCCUUAAGUAUGAACAACAUUAAUAAAUACCAUCCAGUACGAUUCUCAAAGAGUAGCGAAAGGCGAUGCAAAAACGACGAAGCAAGUGAAGCGAGCAGUUUGAAUGAUAAAGCACAAAGUGGACCUACGGUUCAAUUAUCGACCCAAGAAGACAGAGUGCUUGAGGGCGACAAGAGCAAUCCACAAGCAACUCCCUCUCUGAAUAUAGCAGAAUUCCCUACUGAUAAGCUUCUUAAAAUGCUGACCGCAUUGCUGACUAAAAUAAUCAAGUCCAAUGAUAGAACUGCAGCCGCUAAUCCAAGUUUAACACAAGAGAUUGAAAAUGGGAAGUCUCCUACUCUAACUGAUAACGAGAAGAAAUAUUUGAGUCCUGUUUUGGGGUUCCGAGGAAAGCACGUACCACAGAUUGGCCUUGAUCAGUAUUUUCAGAGAAUUCAGAAGUAUUGUCCCACUACAAAUGAUGUAUUUUUAUCACUGCUUGUCUAUUUCGAUAGAAUCUCCAAGAGAUGCAAUAGUGCUACUACAACGCCCAAAACCGAUGCCGUAAAAUAUGGACCAAGUUCAGACAAAAACUCCUUAAGUAAGGCUAAUAAGGACGAUGACAAAAUGUCCGCAUGUAACAGUAACGAAAAUAAUGAAAAUAAUGAGUCAGAUGAUGAAAAUAUGGAUGUUGAAAAAAACUCCAAGCCACAUCCCCAGAUGUUCGUUAUGGAUUCCCAUAAUAUCCAUCGACUAAUCAUAGCUGGUAUUACCGUCAGUACGAAAUUCCUGAGCGAUUUUUUCUACAGUAAUUCAAGAUAUUCUAGGGUCGGAGGCAUAUCGUUACAAGAGCUCAACCAUUUAGAGCUGCAGUUUCUGGUUUUAUGCGAUUUUGAACUGUUGAUUUCAGUCAAUGAAUUGCAGAGGUACGCGGAUUUACUAUACAGAUUUUGGAACAACGCGAAGACCCAAUCACAAGCGCUAGUAACGAGUGUCUAG